UUGAGAACCUCCCAGAUGCUGCUACUCAAAGCGUAGCAGUGUUUGGUGUUAGGGUCUAGUUGUGACAUCGUGAUGGCGAACAGCCAUGAUACACUCUCGUUGAGGCCGAUUUAAAUGUCAUGAAGCAGCCCGACGGCAACGAGUUGUGCAAAUGUUGCCCCCAGCGAAAACCCGCCUCUCUCGACGAGACAAAGCCAUCACCAAUAUCAUUCAUGGAAAAGGUUGGCAAAGCAGCAAAGCGUGGCGAGGUCGAGUACAUUGAAGAUGACCACUACUUCAGCCCUAGGGACUAUGCCCGUUAUAUAUAUUUUCACGGCUUAACCCUCAUUAUAACGGAACCUCCAAGGAGCAAGUAUGUGGAUUUUGCUCAUUUUCCAAAUGGCUGCCCUGGUUGGCGGUCUCACUAUGUUCAAAGCGGACAGUCAGUUUACGUCCAGCGGGCACAUGUAUUCUUUCGAGACGCAAUAACAUCAUCAGAGCCUCCAGAGGUUACAACAAAGGCGAAAGAUAAAGGCAAGGGAAAGGUGGUAGAGUGAGAUGUAGUGAAUGGUAGCUAUGUAAUAGUAUAGGAGCUUACGCUAGGAAAUACAAUGGUAGCUUUUAUGUAUCUGCUAUGGUCGCUUUCCACCAACAUCAAUAAAGAGCUGUUCAAAGACUUCCCCGCUCAACACAGUAUCGUGGUCAGUGUCUUCAACAAUAGUAGUCUUGAAAUCAAAAGCACUAGCUUCUCGCUGCCAACAGCCUUCCAUGUAUUCUCGACCUGUCUCGCCAAUCAUAAGAUCUGACUUGGCGAAGUAGAGCCGGACUCGUAGCUUGGUAGCCCCAUCUGAUGGAUUGGUGUCCUUUUCCAUUGCAGCCAGCUCCUUUACAUAUGUGUCGUAGUUGUCGCAACGUCCCCAGCUGCCAUCAGGGCCCUUUCGGGUACAGAGAAGUGCCUCUCUAUUUGCGCCAACUGUUGAUUCUGCAAAUACAGCUUCAGUGGUCUUGGUGUUGAUUGCCAAAAGAAGAUCCUGUGGUAACCCGUAUUCUUCGUAGAGUUUCUGUCUUGUUGCGGACAUGACAGCGUUGUCGCUCUCCCCUCCACUGGUCUGUAAGGACGUGGGAAGCAUUUUGGUGAUGGAUGACAUGACCGAUCCGCUUGCUUCAAAUGCCGGGGCAGCAUCGACCAUGAAGAACUUGGGAAUCUUAUUCCAGAUAGAAUAGGCACCCGUAGGAAUGUACCUUAACACUUGCAUAGUCGCCAACUUUGAAUAGGUCGGAUCAACCCAUGGUGCUACGCCACGGUUAGCUUGGGAGCUCACAUGUAGCAAUAUGAUACCUACCAAAUAAAGCUACAAGUGGUUGCUUUGGAUCCAGGAUGUGUCUUAGUCGCAUUAGCGUGUUGAGGAGAUAUAGGGUGCCAGCGCUGUGCGAUGCAAGAGCAACAUGCUUGAUGUGCAGGUGGUCAAGCAGCUUUGGUACAAUUUCGAUCCAAAUAUCUAUGCGUUUCUCGACACCUAUAUCCGUCGAGCUGCCCAUGCCGG